GCCUUGGCCCAACGUCACGAGACUUUCAGACACGAAGAUGAAAAGAGUCAAGACAGAGUCGACAAAAAAGUCUUUCUGAAUACCUUUUAUCAGUAGAUUUAGUGCAAUCAGGAUACUGAGAGCUGCAUGAUCAUGCCGAAUCCGGGAGAGGAACCAGUACUCGGUACUGGUGGACAGAUUGAUGGCAUGGUGAUGUCCCUGAUAGAUGCUGCUUAUGACAAGAAAGCUAAUGUAAGAAGCAUCAUUAUCUCUUCAUUGGUGGAUGUUGGCAAGAAGAAACCAAAGCUUGUUCUCAGCUCAUGUCACUCAUAUUUAAGAAAACAUAAUAAGUUAUCCAAAGAUCACAGGACAGUAAUCCUCCAGACGAUGGAGCGAGUCUUAAAGGAAGGAGAUGAUGUACCAGGUGCACUCUCUAUGGAUCUCAUCAAACUAGCCUCCGAUGAAAUGACCACUUCAAAGGAAGUGGAACCAGAAUGGCAGACUGCUGCUAGCAAUGUCCUAGUUGCCCUUGGUAACAAGUUAUGUAAUGAUGUCAUGGAAGAUCUCUACAAGAAAUUCCAGCCUGGUUUCCUUCCACAUUUCUUUGUUGUACAAACCAUGGCUAACCUGGCCAAUGUCAAUCCAUUUGGGUUUGUACCUCACCUGAGUGCCGUAUUGAGUACUAUGAUACCCAUGUUGGGUAUGGCCAAACACGACAACAUGAAGUGGGUCUUCUCCGCAGCAUUUGCAAGAUACAGCGAAAGCAUCCUACAUUAUGUAGCCAACUCUGACACUGCUCCAGAUCCAACAAUAAAGAAAGAAACUUACGCUGAUCAGAUCUUCUCUGGUUUUGAUGUACUAUUCUCACUGUGGCUACCAUCAAAGGAGGCUAAGCUACGUCUGAUAGUAGUUGAAGCCUUAGGUCCAAUGACUCACAUUAUGACCAAAGAGAAGUUAGACGAACAACUUCCUAAACUAGUCCCUGGUAUCCUGGCACUCUACAAAAAGCACCAAGAGGCUUUCUACAUUACACAGGGAUUGUGUAUGAUUCUAGAAGCGGCUGCUGCUGAGGGUAGUACUAUUCUUGACCCACAACUAGAUACCAUCCUGAACACAAUGCAUGCACAGGUGUGUGUACCAGUAGACUACACCAACCCAACAGGUCUCAAGAAUCAUAAUGAGGUCCGGCGGUGUUUCUCAGUCCUAGCUACGUCUUUCCCUGAUCGUGUAGUCACCUUUUUACUCCUGAAACUAGACAACAGUAAUGAGAGAAUUCGCAUUGGUACACUGGCUGUAUUCAAACAACUCAUUAACUCUGCAGGCCCUCAUAUGGAAGACAAGAAGCCUUUAAUUUUAUCUGGUCUCAAGCCUGUGCUACAAGAGAACAAUAACAAGGUGAAGAAGAUGUUUGCCCAGGUUGUAAUAGCUAUGGCUGAUCAUGAUUACUUGUUACUAGAGGGUGGUCAUCACAUGGUUGAAUUCAUCGUCCGUCAGUGUACCCUUACUCCAGAUGUACAGACUGGUAAAAGGAAUCCUGAUCCAGAGUUUGUGAGCAAUGAAGCUUUAAGAUCUAUGAGUGAGAAUGUGCUUCAUCUCAUUACUACAACUAUAGGUAGCAUGGAAGAGGUUUUAUGGCCAUUCCUGUUGGAGUUCCUAGCUUUACCUCAGUACACAGACGCCAUGAUGCCAUUUUGUCGUAACCUGGCCUACAUAGCAUCUAAGAAGCGAGAAGCCCAAGAUGAGGAUUAUAUGAUAGACUUUGAGACGCUGGUUAAUGUUCCCAGACCAUGCUCUAUCAUUGCCAGGCUCAUGGUAAUGGCCGGUAGACCAGAUAACGGUCGUCAGAGAGGUGUGUAUGUUCUCAAGUUGAUGCUAGGGUUAUCUCCAAACCUGAAUGAAUCAAUAGCAGACAUGUGGGAUGCAGUCAUUCCCAAGCUCAUACAGUAUUUAGAGGAUAAUCUUGAUAAUCCUGACAAGUGGUCCCAGAAAGCUUGGGAGGAUCUUCUCUUGAAGUUAUUGUCCAAGACAUUAGAUGAUGCACAGGAUGAAGACUGGGUUGCUGCAUUAGGAACAUGUUUUGGAGAACAUACUGCUUUGUAUCAAAACAUGCCAGAAGAAAAGAAUUUCUUGUAUAAAUGUCUUGGAGUGGUGAUGAGGAAAGUGACGAACAAGCAGUUUAUCCAGAAGCACCUUGAUAUCAUGUUUGCUGUGGUUAGACAUAAUAACCAGACUGAAAGAGAGGGUUGUGCGAUUGGAGUUGGUUUCUGUGCUUCAUCCCAUCUGGAUCUAGCACUCACCAAACUUGAAACGGUAACUAAGGGAGAAAUGACCAGGAAAUCAUCUGGUUUCUUUGGAUUUGUGAAGGAUAAGGGAAAUGAUGACACUGGUAAGAUCAAGAGUACAGUGAUGCUUUGCUAUGGAUAUCUAACACUCUAUGCUCCUACAGACAUCAUCGCAUCGAGGGUUGAAACAAAUAUCCUUAAGAAUAUCAAUCCGCACUUCAAAAAUGUCAAGGAUGCUGCUGUAAAACAGAACAUAAUCCGAGCUGUAGACCUGAUUGGCAAGGCCUUGCAUCCAGACCAUCUCAAAACCAGGCACUCGUUUGCUAAGAAGACUGACUUACUCGCUCACAUGAGGUCAUACAUGCAAGCAGAGAGUACCAAGGAGAUUACCACAGAUACAAGAGCUUUAGCACUUCAAGCAUGUGCAGCAUUAGUUAAACUUGAUCCUCUUCUCACUGAGGCUGAUGCGUUUACACUUAUCAAUACUGGUGUGACUUGUCUCUUUAAGCUCCCUGACUGCCCGCUCAUGACCUCUAAGGGAAAGGAAGAACUUCGAGAAGAUGAAAUCAAAGAGUAUGAUGUGCUGAUAGAAUCAUCAUUGGAUGGUCUUCAUGAGAUGCUUAAAGAGCUUCUGAGGAAAGAUAUCACACCAAUAGGCUUCCAUAAUAUAUUCAAGCACUUAUAUCCAUGGUUGUUAUCUGGUGAGGGUCAUGAGAGACAGAGAGCAGUAGAGACUACCAUGGUCCUUCUAUCAUUCUAUCUGGAACAUGUAGAAGAUGUCACAGGGGGGCCCUCUGCCUUUACCUGUAUGGGUGAAAUCUUAGCCUACCUUGUCCCAAGGUGUUCAGAUCCAUGCACUGACGUCCGUGGUCAAGCUAUAGAAGGCAUUCAACUCACACUUAAGAUUGCUCUACUAUAUGAAGGGAGAGCAAGAGAUUAUGAAGACAAGAUGGUAGAAGCCCUUUCCGUCCUUCGGGGUAGGAGUACAACCACUGAUGCUCAGGCUCUAUUUAGUAUCAUAAGUGAUCUAUCAAAGGCCCUUGCCAGGAGAAUACCCAGUGAGCAACUAGAAGGUUUUGUAUUUCUACUAAUAGAAGGACUCCUUGAUAUUCAAUCUCAUUGUUCCAGUGGUGCUUGUGUAGUACUCAACACUAUCCUAAAGUCAAGAGGAACUGAACUCAUCACAUCACUAAAACCGCCGUGUCAAACACCGGGCAGGUCAAGCAGACAUUCGCCAUCUCACACCUCGGAGAGUCACCGGCAAUUUCAUGAUUCGCCGGCUCAGACUCCCGAUAAUUUGUGGGUCAGGCGUCGCAACUCUCAUGUUGCUUCACACGCCCACGAGCAGUGCGGGUAA